UGUAGUUUAAAGUGGCACCAAAAAAAGAUUCAAAUUCUUUCGCCCGUUACAGAGAAACCGCACACUUUUCCUACUUCACACACACGAUUCCCACAAACCUAGGGUUUCAAACUCCCCAAUCAAAUUCCAAGUAAUCAAACAUUUUACAUCUAAUUUUCUUGAAUUUCUUUCGAAAACCCUCUAAUUCUCAGCAAACCCACAAUUUAAUUUCCCCAAUUCACCCAUUUUUCGUGCUUAAAAAUGGCUGCAAAUCCCAUAAACCCUCCAAAUCAAACUUGCACAUUUUCUACUGAAUUUUACCACCCCAUGUUACAAGAAUCAAUUCAACUUUUCUUAUCUCAGCUACAAUCUGGAACUUCUGAUUUUUCUCACUUCAAUUUGAUGUUUUCCCGCUUAAUUCAAACUAUGCCUUCCCCACCCAUUGAAGUUAUAUGGUUUCAUUCAGCUGUAAAUUUUCAUACCCAUAAAAAUAUGAUUGUUCAAGAUGAUAAUUUGGGUAAAAUUUUAGCUCUUAAAGAGCUUUUCCACUUAUUAGUUAGUAGCACUGGUCCUUGUUGUAGUAGUCUGAAAAAAGUUGCUGUUUUAGCUCCACUAUUUUUUGAGUUGUAUAAUUUGGUUUUGGACUUGAGAAAACACACUGGGUUGAGCUUAGAUAAAGUUAUUAUUGUAGAGAUUGGCUGUUUGAUCGAUCGUUUAACGAGUUUCAUUAGCUUGUGUUGUUAUGAGGGGGUGGAUGAUCAUGAUGAUAGUUUGGCUUUUUCGCCGUGUUUUGUGGACUUAGUGAAAGUUUGGACGGCUCAACGAAGGGAGAGUGGUUUCGAAUUCGAGGAUGAUUUUAAGAUGUUUUUCCCAAUGAUUAGUGACGAUGUUCGCAAUGGGCUUCGGGUUGGUAGUAGGGUUGGUGUUUUAGCUGGGAUUGUAAUGUGCCAGACCUUUUUGCUUAGUCUCUGCUUGAAGUUUGGCUUGGAGGGUUCACAGGAGAAGCGGGAAAAAGAUGUCCUGAACUUGGCUGUUAAUAUUAUUACUGGCUUUAGAAGUUGCUACUUCUUUGAUACUCUUCUCAAGAUGCUGUUGGAGUCCGGUUUGCCUGUUAACUCUCUACUGACUGUGGUUGAUGAAGUUCUGUUGCGAAAAGCCAUGUUUGAUGCUGUCAUUUUGGUAGACUAUCCUUUCUUUAAUCCAGGAUUUGAAACUCGUCUUUGUAGCCAUCACUUGAACAGCCUUGCUACAACAUGGCUGUUUGUUGCAGACAAGGGGCUGCAAUUUGCAAGGAAUAACGGUGACCAGACUAAAGUCAUCUCGUACACGAAAGCUUUCUCUGAAUCUCUCAUACACUGUCAGUUGUUGAAGUGGGUAUCUACUCAAUUUGUGAUGGUAGAGGAUGCAAAUAAAACAAAUUUGUCAACUCCAGUGGCAUUUAUGGAAUGGCUUGUACACCUUAAGAGUCAAGCUUUAAGAGGCUUCAAUGAUGAUCAGUUUUCAAUGCUUCUUGAAAGAGCAAUGAAUUACAUCUCAGAGAUGAUAAAUGGGCCUAUAUACUUAGAGCCAGAUGGUAACAAUUGCAUUGAUCAAAAGGUGGGAGAAGAUGGUGGUGCUAAUGAGGAUCUUGAGAUGAUUGAUACAAUUGAUGGUGCCAAAACUGUCUGCAAUUCUAACUUCACAGUGAUUGAGACUUGUAGAAAGCGUAAAGGAGAAAAGGAUGAAGAAGGCUUACGAGUGAAACUAUUUAAAUACCAAAUUCACGAUUGUCCAAUCAAGAAUUUUUCACCUUUCCAGAAUGAAGUUAGUUUGAUCAGAAGAAGCUAAGCAGACAAGUUUUUAUUAACCGAUGAAGAUACAGAAAUUACGUUCCAAAGAUCAGGCUGUGAGGCACUGGCAUGACGACCUACCUACAAUCUUGAUCGUGUAGUUCUGAUUGCUUGCAGCCUGCAGGUAUAAUCACGUUGUAUCUUAUGCUUGGUGCAAAAGAGUAGACUGUCCAGACUCCAGAGGCUGGGGACUAGUAUUUAGAUUACUUCCUCCUGUUAGACAUAAACAAUGAUAACUCGGUAUGUAGAUUACUUCCUCCUGUCAUAAACAAUGAUAAUUCGGUUCGUGAUGAUGUGAGUUGAAUGGGAAUGGAAACGAUUGAUGUAUGUCUUAGUUACAGCACAUGAUCAUCCCAGGCUCUGCUCCUCAACAGACCAUCUCAAUCAUUGUCACAUUUGAGCCGAACUUCAACUUAUGUAUCAGAUAUCAAUGUAUGUAUUUGGAUGUUUAUAUGGGUUUGGCGUGUGUGUGUCUCAGACAUCAACGUGUGUGUUUAGAUGUUUGAACUAGCCAGUGGAUGUCGCUCAGUGUGGUUUGGGAUGCAAAAAUUAAACCAUUAGACAUGACUCAGAGUUCUUGCAGUGGCAGCAAACAUACCCAGGAGAUCUAGUGAGUCUACUCUAUGCUGGAAAACUUGCACGCAUAGGUCCUUCAUUGCCUCGUUCACAGUCCACUGAGUUGAGGUACUCCAAAUGUUGGUCUUACUAUCCCGUUUAUAGGCGGUAAUGAAUGGUAGAAAUGGAAAGGGAUCUUAGUACAAUUUUGUAAAUAAAAUAUAAUGGUAAUCACAAUACGGGCUUAUUCUCUCUA